AGCAUCGAGGACUUUCCAUGACAAGUUGUUGUUCUCAUCGUGGUUCUCUGUCGACCGUCCCGAACUUGUUGAUCAAAUAUUUCAUGUUUUCAACGAUCAUCACCUGAGUUUUAUCCAAAAAUUGUCUCCGAUUGCUGUCAAGUUUCAUCGGUGACAAUCUGACAAUGGCGGGGAAUGAACCCCCCUACCUCCCUGUUGGGACUGAUGUCAGUGCAAAAUAUCGAGGUGCUUUCUGUGAAGCCAAAGUGAAGAAAAUUGUUCGCACAGUGAAAUGCAAGGUGAUUCUGAAAGAGACCCAGACAUCGGUGCUUGUUACAGAUGACAAUGUCAAAGGCACACUGAAGGUUGGAGUCAGUGUAGAGAUUAAACACCCAGAAACCAGCCAGGUGAUGGAGGGUGUUAUCAGUAAGCUGACAGACCAGAGCAUGUACACAGUGGUGUUUGAUGAUGGAGAUGAAAAGACAUUACGAAGAACACAGUUGUGUUUGAAAGGCGAGAAACACUUCAUUGAGAGUGAGACCUUGGAUAACCUACCGCUAUCGCAUCCGGAACACUUCGGUACUCCUGUACUCCAGACAAAGAGCAGGAAGAGAACAGUGAAGAUGGGGUCACCAGGAUUCAACACCCUUUAUCUUGCCCAAGAGGACACCGAGUCUGAUGAAAGUAGUUCUGAGGACAAUUCGCCCAAAAGAGCUUCCUACAGGGGUCGUCAGCAGGAGCUGGUUGGCAAAGUCAUGGUCAUUGAGGCCGGAGACAAACGGAAAGGAGGUCCCAAUCCUGUUCUAGUCGUACUUCCUGAUGCUGCUUCAAUGGAUCUCAAGACUAAGGAUCACGUUCUAGUGAAGUCUUUCAAAGAUGGAAAAUUCUUAUCUGUAUUGAAGAAAGAACUAAAGGAUUUCACACGUGAAAUUGCCAUUAAGAAUGAGGAUAAAAAUCUCAAAACUGCUUUAGAGAAAGCGCUCCUGUAUUUUGACAAUCAUGAGCUGCCUGGUCCAUGGAAGAGAGAUGAGUUGCUGGGUUCUGAUGACGAAGAAGACAUGGGUGAUGAAGAUUCCUCUGACGAUGAGCCCAGUGAAGAGAAGGACCGAUUUGUAGCCCAGCUGUAUAAGUUUAUGGAUGAUAGAGGAACUCCUAUCAACAAAGGGCCCAGUAUUGGAACACGAGACCUCAAUCUGUACAAGUUAUUCAGGGUUGUACAGAACCUAGGUGGUUAUAACCGGGUAACUAACCAGAUGAAGUGGAGACUGGUUUACUCCAAGAUGGCUCUACCACAAUCAAACACUGCCUCACAUCAAAUCAAGAAUGCCUAUAAGAAGUUCCUCCAUGCAUUUGAAGACUUUUACCGUAAGCUUGGCAGUACCAUGGGGACCAUCAGCCGACCUGGCCGCAGUCGGCACAGUUCAGGAAGAAGCAUUCUGGCCUUCAGGGGGAGAGAGAAAGAUUCUAAGUCUCCCAAACCUGUCAAACCCAAAGAAAGUGAAAAGGAGGACAGUGACAAGGGCAAGUCGAAGUCAGAUGAGAGUCAGUCCGAAGAUGGGAAGGAAGUGGAAGAGGAUGCUGGGACUAAAGACGAGGUGUCAACUAGGAAGGAGGAGUCGGACUCGGAACCAGUGCGCAAAGAGCGGACAACUCCACGCAGGAUGCUGCGGGAUGAUCUGAAGGAGGCCAAGGAGAAGGAGAAAGAAAAGAAGGAAGAAGCCAGGAGGAAGAAGGAAGAGAAAGAAGAGCAAGCCAAAUCAAAAAAGGAAGAACGAGAAGAAGCAAAAAGUAAAAAAGAAGAGAAAGAAGAAGCUAAGAGCAAGAAGGAAGAGAAGGAUGAUCACAAGGGAAAGAAGGAUGACAAGAAGGCUUCUGAAGACGAUCGUAAAUCUUCCAGGAGAGACAAGCAGGAGGAUAAGUCUGAUAGUAAAAAGGAUGAAGUGAAGUCUGAUAGGGAGACACGAGGCCAGAGGGAUAGACAGAAGGAAGACGUGAAGGUAGAAAAGGAGAAACCAAAACGGAAAGAAAAGGAAAAAGAGGAGGAAAAGGACAAGGAAGAAGAGACUAAAGGAGAGGAGGAAGAAAAAUCUGUUAAGAAACAAAGGGUAACGAGGAGGAAAUCUGGGAGAGGGGAUGAGGGGAAGAAAGAACCUGAGGAGAAGACGGAGGAAGUACUUGAAGAGAAGAAGGUUGAAGAGAAGAAAGUCGAGGAAAUGGAAGUCGAGGAAAAGAAGGUUGAAGAGAAAAAAAUUGUGGAGAAAAAGGCCGAAGAGAAGAAGGUAGAAGAGAAAAAAGUCGAGGAGAAAAAAACAGAAGAGAAAAAGAUGAAAAAGGAGGAUGGAGGUGGCAAGGUUAAGAAGGAAGACAAGAAAGAAAGUAAGAAAGAAGACAAGAAGGAACAGAAGAAGGAGGAGAAAAAGGAAGACAAGAAGAAAGAACCCAAAGAAAGCCCCAAACCAAAGGAGGACAUGAAGUCUAAGCUACAGGAGGAAGAGGAAUCUGAUGAUGAUGCUGAGGAGGAACAAGAGGAAAUCUCCCUACGUCCACGGGAGGAGUUCCCCACCGGCACCAAACUGAAGGUCCGGUACGGUCGGGGGCGGAACCAGAAGGUGUAUGAAGCAAAGGUGGUUGAAGCAAAUAAGGAUGGAUCUCACAAGACCUACCUGGUGCAUUAUGCAGGGUGGAACAACAGGUAUGAUGAAUGGGUGAAGGCAGACAGGAUCAUCUCCAUUGUCAACAGGCCAGAUUCAGGAAAACACUCACAGAAGAAAAUUGUUUCACCAAAAGCACCAUCUCCAAAGCUGCAACAGCAGCAACAUCAACAAACUCAACAGCAGCAGGUGAGCAAUCUGCUGAAGAAGCGAGGUCGGCCGCCGUCUAGCGGCACCCCAAGUCCUGGAGGCAGCACUAGUGCCGAGUUCCGUACCCCAACUCCCAAGAGCAAGUCCCCAGCACCUGGUAGUGGCCAGAGUUCCAAGACCCGACCCACACGCUCCAACAGUAUGGAGGGACAGGUCAUGGAGGGACUGCCCCCAAAGAGACUUACACGAAGAAGUUCUGGCAUUACAGAAACCUCAGAUACAGUUUCACAUGCGAGUGAUGAAAGCAGUGACUCUGACAGUGAUGAAACCGAACAGAAGAUUGUUGUGGUGGUUGAGGAGCACAAGCUGGAAAAAGAUAGCGACGAGUUUGAUGUGAAGGAAUCUGAACAUGACACCAGCAUGGAGGAGGAACCUCAUGAGGAAGAGCAUGACACAAGUGUGGAGGAAAAGGACACCGAUGUCAGUCGGGACGGAGAACUUGAUCUGGUUACAGCAGAGGAUGAUUCAUUGUUACAGUGCACAGAGGAGAUGUUGAAGUCAGAGGAAGAAGACAUGGACCAUGGAGAGCAACAGAUCAGUCCGUCCAUGGAACCAGAGCCUGAGAAGGUUGUGGAGGAGGAGGUAGAGAAAGUUUCUGAGGUCAUUGAGGUGAAGGAAGAUCCUGUUGUGGUUGAGGAGCCAAGGAAAAUUGAACCAAUUGAGAAGAAGGAGGAGAUUGAGAAAGCUUUGGAGAAGGAUUCUGCUCCAGAACUUGUGGCUGAGAAACCAUUCAAGGAAUUAGUGACGAAAUGUGUUGAUGGGAAAACAGAUACCGCUGCUGAUGAGGCUAGGUACGAGGCUUCAGAAGCUUUGCUGCAGAUGCCAGUUCUUCAUGAAGCUUUCAAGAAGAUGCCCGAAGAGCCUAAAGAGAUUGUGUCAGAGGUGAAGAAACAGGAACCUUUGCCAAUGCCAGAGAUUAAGAAGAUUGAACCUGAAGUGCCAAAGAAGGAGAAAGAAGUAGAGAAGAAGGAACGGGGAAGGAAACAAAAAAAAGAUACGAAGGAGGGAAAGAAACAGAAGGUUGUUGAGCCAGUUGCAGUGGAACCAAAGCCUGCAGAACCUCAUGUGAUGACACCUCAGGAAGCCAGGAUGAAGGCUGCGAUGGACUUGUAUGACUUUCAGGGAUUUGAAGAACCAGAAGAGUUGGUGUUGAGACGGGAUAAGAAGUCUGAUCUCCUGGGAAGGAGGUUCCUGACCAUUGAUAUGGAAGUCAAGCCUGAUGUUGUGGAAGGUGGAGAAACAGAAAAGAAGAAGGUUAAGAAAAAAGUCAAGAAGAAAACCGUCUUGGAAGAAGAUGUAAAAAAGGAGAGUGAUUCAAAGGACGUUGUUAGUGAAUGUAAAAAGGAGAGUGAAAAGAAAGAAUGUAAGAAGGAGAGUGAAAAGAAAGAGACUGAAGUGAAGAAGGAUUCUGUAAAGGAGAGUGCUAAGGUGAAGGGAGUGAAGGGGGAAAGGUGUGCUAAAAAGGACUCUAAAAAGAUUAAAGAUGUGAAAGUUAGUGACAUUGAGCCAGCUGAGAGUGGUGUUAAAGAGAAAAAAGAAAAACGUCCCCGAUCAAGGUCACCAAGUCCAGUAAAUACUUGCUCAAAAGUUCUUAAAUUUGAACCUGUGUGUCCCUCGCCAAAACCAAGUACAAGUGCCGAAACUGUCUCCACUGUCAAAGAUCUACCUAGAGAAGCUGAGCCCAUCGCUGAGUUAAGUGUGAACACCAUGCUGGACAAUACUCCACCCACCACCCCUGAGCAUGAGCUGAACGAGGCUGAGCCAGCAGCUCCGAUCAGGAUAAACGAAGCUCGGUCUGAAAUGAAAGACAGUGUGUCUGUAGAACGGACAGCUAAGCUCCGCAGUGAGUCACCAUCAGCUGGGGAGUGCAGUGCAAGUUCCUUGGAGGUUAAUGAAAACAACAGUGCUCUGCCAUGUUCUGAAAGUAGUAACGAUGUGGAAGUAGCAUCUGUGGCUAUUGGCAAGAGGAAAAGAGAGACAGUAGACACUACGCCAUCCAAGAAGAAGAAGCGUAUUAGUAAAGGUGGAAAAGCAUCAGAAAAGAAGAUAAAAACAGUUCAAAGCAGUGACAGUGAUGAAACCAACACAGUGAAGCAGCCGAGUCCGGUCCAUGUCCCUGGACCAAGCUCCCCAAUGAAGAUGCCAGAAUCUGCUCAAACCAGGUCACCCCGACCUCCCAAAUAUAACUUCAAUAUAGAAGAAGGCAAGUACUUAGAGGGCGAUAAGAGGAUAGAGUUCCUGAUAGACAAGAUGCAAGAAAUUCGCAAAAUCUAUAUGAAUCUCAAACAGGAGGUGGCAUGUAUAGAUAGACGGAGGAAACGUGCAAAGCGGAAAGAGAGAGAAAAUUCCCAGUCAUCACAAAUGGACUGCGACAGUUCAUGAAACAAGUUUGUGUGCCACCAAUGGCAAACACAUGGUCAGGUGUCACCAGUAACUUGCAUUUCAUCCACGACCUAGAUUUUUAACAUUCAUCCAUAUUAUUUCAUUGUCAUCAUCAUGUCAUCUCUUUCAGUAAAUCAUCCUCAUCCUCCUCAUCAUCAUCUUCAGCAUCAGCAUCAGCAUCCUCAUCAUCCUCAGUGCAUCAGAAGCCCCAGUCACUGCUUGCGCUGAGCCCUGUGUGAAGACAUUGAUACUCAUUCAUGAUUCCAGUAGUCUCAUUCAGUUGUUAAUUGUUUAUCAUCAGUAACCGUGGUAACAUUUGUGCAAUUUUCUCUCAUUUCAAUUUUGAAAUUGAAUGAGGUGAAAUAGUUGAUAAUGAAAUAGAUAUUACCAGUAAAUGUGGAAGGAUUCUAUCCGUGAGUUGACUUAUGGAUUCCCACUUUUUUGUUCUUUCAAUGCAACAUUUCGGUACACAUGCUAGUACCUUGGUCAUGUUUAUUUGACUGCCAGGGCCAUGUUAUAUAUUGUAGUUGGGUUUACAGUCAUGGAACAUCUUGUGAUACAAUCAUAGUUCAGAACAAAUAUGGAAAAGUAUGCAAAUUAUCAGCGACACCAGAUUUGACAACACAGUAGCCAGUGCUAUCUCGAAUGAUAUUUUAAGAAUGGAAAUUUGUUAUUUAUAAACCCCAUUAGUGAACAUGCUGCAAAUUCAGGAACCAGUGUUUGUAUGUCCUAUGACCACAGGAUCAUACAACUUGACUCAGGCCAGCUUGAAUAGUGAUAACAGAAGGACGGCUAAAAAGCCUGAAAUUUUACAAGCCCUUAGGAUACCAUUAAUAUUAGACACACUGAUUCAGGUAAGCAGGCUAGUGCCGAGUUGCAUCCUGGGUCAUUAUGGAGUAAACUGAUUUGUUGUGCCAAUCCUAUGUUGGUCUUGUUUAAAAUGGAUUUUGUGACAACCCUGCAAUGUAGUUGUUUUGUGUGAAGAAUUGAACUGUUAAGUCGUAUCGCAAUGAUUAUAAGAGUCUUGUGAGUAGCUAAUCUGGAGUAUUGUAACCAUGGUAACAUAUCUUGAUAUUACUAUGACUACAAAAUGAUGAUGAAAGGUAUGUUAUCUUAGUAAAAUCAUCUCAAAGUGCUUUCAGAGUAUUCCGAAACAGAGGAAACUGUUUUCUUGAACAGCAAUACCAUGGAUCCAUUGCCGUGACUUCUUCCACACUGAGAACCAAUUCUAUUUUGUAUAUUUUUACAUGAUGGUUAUUGUACAUGUUGUGAGAUAUCUACAUGUGCAUGUUGACUGUAGGAGGGGGACAUGGUCCUUGUGGCUGACAGCCUAAUGCGCUGGUUGAUAUUGUGUAUGAAAUACGCAGGAAUUGUUCUUUGAUGUGUACAUGAUGUAUCUUGCCCUGAUAAAAGUGCUCUUGAAAGGCCAUACAUGUUAUACAAUGUUACAGUGAUAUGUACCACAUUGCUUCAUUUUCAUUCAGUGUUUCACCUUAUAAAAUCAUAUUUAUGUGAACAACAUGUUUUGGUCCUGGGUCUUCGAAUAUUCAAACAUGGACUUGGCUUGAUGAUGAUGUGACCGUGUUAUCCAGUAAGUGCCCAGUAAAUGAGGACUGGUAUUGUGACAAGGCAGUCCAACUGGUCUUUCAACAUGUACAUGUCAACAGUAUCUUGAAGAAACAUUAACACUGAGAAAGAGGGCAGUCAACUGCCAGUCCUUGAAUACAAGUACUUCCGGUGACAAAUUGUUACUAUAGAUAUAUGACUGAAACAAUGCUAAUGCCACAAUACAUUUUAAUUCACUCACUCACUUCUACAUGGCCUAUGACAAUUGUGUGUGAAGGUCCACGGUGGCCAUGCAAUGCUCUGCUGCUUCAGGGUUUGAAUGCAUGAUUUUGUCCACAUUAUCACCCUUGGUUUGUCAGCACCAUACCUGUGCUCAUGGAUUUUCACUGAAGUGGUAAAGGUCUAUGACCUGUGCCACUUGUGGAUUUCCUCCACACAUGGCCUUCUAUAAAAUACUGUUGUGGUUCCCAUGACAAUUUCAAAAGACAGUAAUGCAUGUAUGUUUUCAAAGUUUACUUGGUUACAAACAUCACUUGGGGAUGUAAUGGUUGACACUUAAAUUGGAUCAUUUGGGUAAUUGGAACCACAACUUAAGGGUUUGUUUUUUAAGGUCUAUGCUUGAGCAGACACCAUGAUUUGACUGAGACCUUCAAAGAGUGGCUUCUUUCUGAUCUAAUCAGGGCCCUGUUCCUCAAAGCGAUCUGAGCGCUACGAUGAUGGUAAACCUAUGUUAAAGUAUAGGACUUGCGAUCACCUUAGUGCUAAGAUCGCUUUGUGGAACGGGGCCAGGUCACGGUCAUGGUUAGUGCUCUGUUUGAAACUGGGACAUUUGUGUAAUUUGCCUAAUCAUUUACUGAUCUAAAGCAUAUAUAAAUGUGAAGCAGACAUUUAUGUGUUUUGAAUGUCUUCAAUCCAAAUUGCAGAGACUGCCUGGCGAUCAAAACAAGACCUUUUUUUAAAAUCUUUUGAGGAAAUGUCUGGUCAUUGUAUGCUAUUAAGAUGGUUUAAGUAGACAAAAAGACCUACCAAAAAAUGCUGAAUACACUUUUGUGGUUGACAUGGUUUCAAGUGCUAUGAAGUAAUUUCUUUGUAUAUAUAAGAGUAUUAUCACAUACCACCGUGACUGCCAAGUUGAGAUACUGAUUCUUCAAGGUCAAGCUUCUUAUGAGUGAAAAAGACAAUGUCGGCUGUGUAUAUUUCUGCUACAUUUGUAAAUCCAUGGUUAUAAAAUAGCGGUCUGUGAUGUGUAUGUAUACAAUCGGCUAUUUCUUGUUUAGUUCUUCUGCUUACCAUUCAGCUCAAAGAUGAAGAUUUUAUCAAAACCAAAGAAUAUGAAGAUUGUAUCAGAACCAUAUUUUAUUUCUUUGCAUUUAUUGGUUCAGUAUUUCAGUUGUGCCAUGUACUCAACUUAGUCCACAAAUGACAUAGGUCACUGGGCUUGGUAUUGUUCAAAACAUAUGCAGUCUCCAUCACACCACCCAGUCAGAUUUGAUCUUGGUUUUACGAUCAAUGUUUUGUUUGUUAUGUCACUGUUGAUUGGUUGAAAAAAAGUGCUAUGAUUUACCCAGAGUUCAGUCCUAGUCUUGCAGUGGUUACAGACAUUUUUGAUAGAACCAAGGCCAGUUUGUAUGUCACAACUUGUUAGGCUGUGUGUGAUCUUCGGUCUUGUGUACAGCGUACAGCUAUUUUUGCAUAUUGUCAGGUCAUCUUUUGAUAGAGGCAGAGCAUUGGAUUAAGCCUGUUUACAAAUGAAAUCUCAUUAAACAUGUGCAAAAUAUAUUGUCAAACAUUCCAAUCUUGAGUUCAACAUGUUCAAGAGAUUGCAUGUUUUGAAAAAUAUGGUGUUUAUUUGUCCUGAUGAUUAUUUUCAAAGCAGUAACAUUUUAAGAAAUAGCCACCAGUUAACUGAAACAAACUACUAAGUUAAAGCAAAUGAGUAUUAUGAUAAUCAUGGUUUGUUAUCAGUGUAACUAACCUAUUAAGUCAGUUCAACUGUAAAACAUAAGUGGUGGUUGUUUUUGUAUUUGUUUUCUAAAAGCAGUUUACCUUUAGAAUAAUCCACGAAAUUUUUAAGAUAAAAUAUUAAAAUAUAUGAGUAAAAUAAUCAUGAUUGUACUCAGUGUAAAGUAUUUUGUUCAUUCACAGUUUAACAAUAAAACAAAGGUCAUACAACCAUCAUGGUAUAUGUUAGUGUCCUGCCACACCCACCUUUGUGGACACAGUGUGGAGAAGAAUCAGUGUGUGGAUUAAGUUACCACUUUCAUGUGCCUAUUCACAUCACCUGGUGGCUUACGCAUGAGCUUGUGUAAAAUAUUUGUUAGGCUUAUGGUUAAUGCUUCGUUACAUUUAUUGUAUGCUAUUGAAAUUUGAAGACUACAAUGACACAUGUUCAAUUGAACACUUUUCCCGAUUUUUGGUACUGGUAAGCUAUGUGCAAUUGUUUAUGCUAGUAUUUGUAGGACUGUUACAAAAACGUUAUCUUUUUGUCUUCCUGAUGUAGAAAGACUUUAAGAGAUUAUUUUUUAGUGAAAGGACGUGUUUGUAGUGAGACUUGUUUAGAUCUGGGUAGAGCAUAUGUAUGGUGUGCAGCUACUGAGUUUGGCCUACACUUCAAAAUCCUGUAGCAAAUUGUGCUAGAAUAGGACUUGCCAAUUUCCACAAAAAGCAAACUUAGGUCAGUGUUAGAUUGUCGAUGGUCUUUAUGCUCAGAUUAUUUUGUGCUAGUCCAACUGAUUUCUAGAAAGUCAGUCCUGGGUAAUUUGUUUUUGAAUAUAUUUGUGACAUGAUUGUUGAAAAUACCUGGAGUAUAUUGUUGGUUUGGGAAAGUGUGGUGAGCUUUUGCCUUUUGUUCCAAAGGUCAAUGUGAGGUGCCAUGGUGUGGCUGGAAUUUUGCUAAAAGCAGCUCACUAUCUAAUUAAAAUUUUUAUUACAUUAUAUCGUUUUUGACAACCACAUUUGAUUUAAUCAUCACUCAUUAGACACUAUAGAUUAUGCAGGAAACAAAUAGUAAAGUUCAAACACUUCACCAGUAGCUGUACACCCAUUGUUGCCUUUGUUACAAUCAAUGGUUCCUUCAUGGUUGGACCAACUGAUUGCAAGUUGUAGGUCAAAGGUGUUUCUUGCCACUUUCAUAAUAGUGCCUGCGUUACAUGAUGUAAGGUAGAAGAUCUUUCCUUCCCUCCCCCUCCCUAUGUUAAGCCUGUUGAGUGGUAAGACUCGGCAAUAUGUGAUUUCAAACACUUCUGUGAAUUGUGAACAAGUACUUGAAAUGAACAAAGUACAACUAUUUUAACUGGAUGUAUUUCUUGUAUAGAUAUGGUUAUAUUUCAGUGUUCAGUAUGAAAUUGUGAUGUUGAAAUACUUCCAUGGCAGUAUUUUGAGAAAAUGUCUGUAUCAUAACACACAUGAUAUGUAAAGAGAUAUUUUCUCGGUGUUUUAUAUACCCACUAUCGCUUACAAAGCAACAAUAAUUACACACUUAUGCACAAGUUCUAGGCAAAGCAUUGUUCUACAAACUGGAUUGAAAUGUACUGUUCAUUAUGCACUUUUAGUACUAUCUAGAAUGUCAUUGUUUUAGCCCAUGUUUUAUUUGUAUAAAAUUAAAAUGACCCUGUUUAGCAGAUUUUUGUCUGUGAAUGCCACCCUUGUUAGAAUAUGUUUUAGUGAGGAUCUUGGAUGUUUUAAAAUGAAUUUAUAACAGUAUUGAUUCUGCCAAAUGAGCCAUACUUAGAAUUUGUCUGUGACCUCAUGUCUCAACACUGAACACCAAGAGCUUCAUUAGAUAUGUACUUUGUGUACACAGAGAGCAUCAAUAGAGACAGACUGUAUGGUAUGUGUUCCCAGCUGCAGUGGCCUCCAACAUACGCCCAACCAAUCAUCUCACAUCCAACAAAGUAUUCUUUGAUUACAACCAUAAUCCUUCAACGGGUCACUGUGAAUCUAGUAGUCUCAGAUGCUGCUCCCUGUUCAUAGUUACAUCCCUUAGCCAUGCCAGGAUUCACUUGUCGUUGGUUUGACUCUUUGAUUCACCUGAUUGUCAGUGCUUGUGGGUUUGGCCAAAGUCGUAGACAACUAUGACCAGCAUCACUUGUGGCUUUCUUCCCACUUUUGAUUACCUGUGAUAUGACAGAAGAACUGAAUGAAAAUUGAUGAAAAGCUCUGACACAGAUUUGUUUCUGGAGCUAGAUUAAUUGAUGAACACCAAUCUAGUCAUAGAGAAACUACUGGGAGGGAAGCAGCUGGGAACAACGUUCCUAGAUAUUAUCAAGUGAACAUUCUCAGUCUUAACAACUGUAUUUCAGAUUUGUGCUCUUGUAUUUGGUGUGAGUACCUUGUAUCAUGUUAAAUCAGUAGGAUGUUCUUAAAAGUUUGUGAAAAAAGAUGCCAGUCAUGUCAUCUUUUUCCAUAAAAUGUUCGUCACAAAUGUUUUACAACCACUGAACCAAAGACUUAAGAAUGUCAUUGCUUUGAACAUUUUGAUGUCCUCAUUAAACAUUAGAUCUGAUAUGCCCAGUAAACCUAACCCCUACAGUAAUGAAAUAGUAGCAGGUCUGCUAAUCCACAUGAAAGUCAGCCAAGUUGUUUCUGUGACCUCUUAAAGUUUGCAUGGACCCCAAACUGAUGAAAUAUUUUCCAUGCCCCUUAUUGAGUAUGUUCAGCUUCCUUUAUGUAUGAAUGUCAUUAACUGAGAAGAAUGAUGGGGUAGUAGAGAGACAGAACUAUGACUUCAUCUGGAAUGACUUGCUGCUCAGAUUCUCAAUCCAUGUCACAGUAUUUGGUAGUUCAUGAAGUCAGACUGGUGCAAUAUGGGAUGGUGCUUGAAAAGUGGGGGUGCCAUUCAAUGACAAUUCUCACCUUGAUGUAGACAUCUGAAUGUAGGGUUUUUUGUGUGAGAAGGAUUGGUUCUUGGUAGCUUAUAAUAUUUGUUUGCUCUUUGUCAGGGAGUUCAUUGUUAAUGUGUUCAAAAAGUCAAGGAUCAGUGGAAUAAAACAAAAUGUAUUAAGUGACGGGGGAAAAUCAAAUAUUUUUAUUGUUUGAAUGAGGUUUUUGCUGUGACUUGAAUAGAUAGGAACCAAUCUUUCACAUGCUGCAAGGGUAUUGUGAUAUACCAUGUAACUAUGAAAGGAAACAAAGCAACAGAUGCACACUUAAUGGCUGUAUACAAUACUUUUGGAAGCCUUUUCUCGGAAACAAGGUCCCAAAGCCAGACAAAUGAGCUUAGCUGCGAAAAUGGAUGAUGUAUAUGGAAAUGUCAAAAGAAGUUUGUUAGGUCAUGGGAGAUGGAACUUCCAAACCAGCUUGAUACAGAGCCAGACUAUAUCAUGACUUGAUCAUGGCAGGGGUCCGAGUCCAGUUUGAAUGUAUUAUUUGGAAUCCUGAGGUGUCCAUCAAGGCAUGAUCAAACUAGACCUCCCUCUGUUUGAUAAUGAGUAUUGUUAUGAAUGGUGCCCAAUUUCAAAUAGCUUAUCUGUUAGGGAAGACCCCCUUUUUACAUCAGAAAAAUAGAAUUAUGAAAGUGAUAAUUCAGUGUUAAUCAAGGGAAAGUCGACUUGGUUAUUCUUACACCAAUGUUCCUGGAUUGCCAUGGUGAGUUGAGUUCAUUGGAAUGCAAGAAGUCUUGUGUUUGUUUCCAGUGAUUUUCAGUGACAUGUUUCUUUUUAUGUAAUAUCAUGCAAACGUUGUGUUGAGCCUACUCAGGUCCUUGUGAGGACUUGUUUCAUAUGGAUUGUCAUUCUCCCAAAUGUUUUGUACAAAAUGUCCAAAUUGAUGAUCUGCAAUGCUACUAUGUAUGUGUUGAACCAUACAAUGCACUAUUACAUAAUUUAUUCUUAGUCAAUAAAUCAAAAUCCCUCAUAAA